AUGGCAGAAAGUGAACAGGAUCUGACUGAUGAUUCACCAAGUGGAGAUGCAGAGGUACUGUUUGAAGAUGCUCAAGGACUACUCAAAAAUGUUGAAGAGCAUUUUGAUCAGGAGGAAGACAUGCGACCAGAGAGUUCACCUCCAGGUGAAAUUCAGUUUUCCUUUGAGCCUGAAAAUGCUACAGAGAACGAAAGUGUUCCUGAAGACACAGAAGAGUUAACUACUAACAAUGUGAUCGUAAAUGAGGGCAGAGUAAAUGAGCCCAGUGACAGUACUGAACUGCAGGAUGGGGUGGUCUUUGAAGGUCUAGAAUCAAUCAGUGCUGCAGGGCAAUCAUCAUUUCCAUCAGCUGACAGUAAAACUCAUUCAGUUGAAGGAAAGAUGUCUGAUAAUGAUUUUGGAGAACAAUUGAAAAUUGAAGAACAAAUAGGUAAUGUGCAAGCGGGAGUUUCAGCUCCAGCCCCAACCGAUGAUUGGCUUCCAUCUGUCCCUCAAAAUUUUUCAGAAAUAGACAGUAUCUCAACUUCUCAGAGCACAGGACAGAAGGACGAUCAAGGAAUGGUUAGUCAUGAAGCAGAUGGACAAAUGCGCAUUGUCUCAGCCCCAGCAAGAUUACAUCCUGAUGCUGCAUUUUGUGUACCUAAUGCAUUAAUUAAUGAUAUGUGCAGCUGUGCAUAUCCAUUGGCAGAACAAGAGCCAUCUUUGGUCGAGACUGCUGUCUGUGACACUGUGUUUGAAGAAAACGCCUACAUUAAACAAAAUUCUUUGAACUUAGUAUGGUCCUUUGGAAUAAACCACGAUACUCCAGUGUACGCUCUGCAUAUUGAUAACCGGAGGUUGAUCCUUUAUGCUUCUUCACACACUGCGGUUAUGAACAAUUUUUCAAUUACUCGUCAGCACCUCUUACAGGGUCACUGUAGUCCACUUUCAUGUAUAGCUGUGAGUGGGAAUAGGAGAUGGGUGGCAACAGCAGACCAAAGUCCAGAGAGUCUAGUUAUUGUAUGGGACACUUUCUCUGGUAUACCUGUACAAACACUCUUUGACUGUCACACAGAAGGUGGAGUUGGUGCCAUGGCUAUGACUCAAGAUGCGAAAUACCUGGCAACAGUUGGCACAGGAACAGUUCAGCGGGUGUGCAUCUGGGACUGGACUUCAGAAGCUAAAGGACCACUUUGUUCUGUGGACCUGAGUCCUGCCUUUAGCCUUCAGACUUUUGUACUAUUUAAUCCUGAAGAUAAUACUGAGCUGCUCAGCAACAGUAAAACUGAAGUUGUAUUCUACACUUGGAAAGACAACCAGUUGGAAUUUGCAUCACCAAUCCUUACAGAUCAAACAUUUAACAAGAUUGUGGGACUUUACAGCCAAUCAGUUUUCCAUCUUACCCCUUCACAAGUACUCAGUGCUACUUCUGCAGGGAAUUUGGUUAUCUGGGACACUGUGCAAACACCACAAAUUCAGUCUGAUGCAGUAAAAUCAUACAAAAAAAAAGCUCUAAAGCUGAUGAAUCUACAAAGUGAUAGUAUUACAGUGGUCACGGUGUCUGACAGGUAUAUAGUGACGUGUGAUGUCAAAGGUUGCAUCAAGUUUUAUGAUGAGCAACUUUGCUUACUUAAUUGGUAUAGUAACUUCAACCUGGGACCCAUCAGUUCAAUUUCCUUCUCCAGUCAACCAGCUUCCAAAGCCGAUGGGAAAACUUCUUACCCAUCAGAGUCUAACAUCAAUGCUCAGCAAUUUAUUGUCAGGAACUUUGUUGUAGCAACAGUUGAUGCUACAGUGGCUCAUGUAACUGGAGAUGGGUGCAAACUUGAAGUGUUAUUGCAGGAGCAUGGUGCAGCGGUACAUGCUAUAGCAUGUCAUCCUGCUCGGCCUUUCAUCUGUAUGGGAAGCUACUGUGGACUCCUGAAGAUCUGGAACUAUGAGAAGAAGGAACCCUUCUGCAGCAGGCUCUUUGGAACAGGGAACUAUAUUCAGUGUGUGACUUAUAAUGAAGCAGGUUCACUAUUGGGAGUUGGACUUACUGAUGGAUGUGUUCACAUCCUUGAUGCACUUUCUCUGAACGAUGAGUGCCCAGAACCUUUCCAGUAUGCCAGAGAUGCUGUUACUCAGAUUGCCUUCUCUCAUGAUUCCAGUUACCUAGCAACAAUAGAUAGUAAAACUACAGUAACAGUGUUUCUGUUCAGGGAGAAGUCUUGGAACUAUUUAGGAAGGCAAAAUGCACACUUUAAACCCAUUCAAAGUUUCAUAUUUGGGAUAUAUUUGGACAGCAAUCAACCCAGACUAUUGUCUCUUGGAGAGGAUAGAGUUCUGGUGGAGUACGAUCUGACUCAUAGCACUGAGGGUGAUGUGCGGAUAUUGAGUAGCGAACGAAUAGAACAGAGUGCUGUCCCUACGUGCAUGGCCUGGUACCCACCAAUCAGUAAAGAGAGCUUCAUUAUCACAGCCAACAACCAGUAUAAACUAAAGCUCUAUAAUGCCACUACCAAAAUGUGCAGGAAGACAGUAUUAGGCCCAAUUUAUGGAUCCCCUGUUAGGAAGAUAGAAGUUCUCCCUUUCUCAAAAGACAGUGAUGUUAAGAAGUGUUAUUUAGCCUACAUUACAGAUGACAAGGUGGGUUUACAAACUCUGCCAUUGGAUGGAAAUCCCCACAAAUCCUGUGCAGUUAUCUGCCAUGGAACAAGAGUGUCCAAUAUUGCCUGUUCAUAUGAUGGUUCUUACAUAUUCACUGCAGGAGGAGAUGAUUGUACUGUGCAUAUGUGGAAAGUUGACCUGACGGCCCAUGAGGCAGUAACUGCACUUGGAGGAGAGGAUCUGAUCCCAUUCUAUGGUUUAUUGGAAGGUGGAAGAGAUGGAGAAUUAUUUAGGGAGAUGGAGAACUAUUUCUACUAUUCACAGCUGCGUUUCCAGCAUAUCAGCACAAUGGAGACCAGGGAGGUGUCAACUCAUAUUCCACUGCAAGAAAUUCCAUUUGUGAUAAGAGCACUGGGAUUCUACCCUACAGAGAAAGAGAUUGAGGACAUGCUGAAUGAAGUGAAGUUCAGUAAAUAUGUGGAAACAGGAAGAUAUGUGACAGAUAUUGGUCUAGGUGAAUUCAUUAAACUGUAUAUAAAUCAUCGACCUGCUUUUGGCAUAACUGCUUCUGAGCUGCAGCAUACAUUUGAUGUUCUUGGCUAUGACAAUGAAAAUGGAGAAAAAGCAAUUAACUUAGGAGAAUUACUGCAACUAUUGCAAAAUGGAGGUGAAUGUAUGGCUGAGGAAGAGGUAGCAGAGUGCCUUUCCACACUACUAGGCUUGAAUCCUGAGGGAGGAAGUUCUGAAUUGAUCUCCUUUGAUGCCACAAAUGCAAGAGCACUGCUUGCACAGCAACUUCCCCAGGAGAUUACAAGUAAACUGUUUAUAAAUGAAAUAUUGGGGUUUCCCCAGAAUUCAACUUGUGUCGAAGAGACAACUAUUCCUGCAGCUGCAUCAACAUGAGCACAAACUGAAAUAUACUUUCAUCUAUCAAAUAAUUUGUAUUCCUUCAUUGAUUUUAGUUUUCAUAGUUUCAUUACUAAAUGACCAGAGUUGGCUGUUUUAAUACUUAUUUUUAAAUUAAAAAUAUAAGAAAUGGUUCUAUUUGUGAUGGCUAUUCUUACAGAUAGGUACAAAUGGGCCUGUGUAAUUUGACUUAAAUUGAUAUGUCUGAGGUGAGAUGAUCUACAUAGGAUGUUGAGAUGGCAUUGAAUAAUUAGAAUUAUUGUAUGUGAUGAAAAAGAACCAAUUGAAUGACAAAAUAAUGAAAAUAGUACAAUAGAUACUCAUUCCAUCAGUACC